ACUUACGCAGGACAUGCCCCUCUCGCCACCUCGGCCGGUGCACCGUUUCCAAUUCCCCGGCGCCCACCGGCCGCAUCGAACAGGAAAACCUUAGGCUAACCCAGUCCUUCCCUCCAUCCCGACGCGAAAAAUCAAGCCUUUUUCUUUCGUUCAUGGGGUCCAAUGGCCCGGCCUUUCUCCCUCGGAAGGUGAAGGAAGAAGCUUCAAAACAACUCAUCAUCCUGCCAACCCGGCAGCCCUCCCCUCCCCUGCCAUCUCAUUCCACAUACUUUCCUCCGGUCUCGCUCGGCUGCAAGGUUCCAAGAACGUCGAGACCAAGCAAGAUCACGGUUGUCCAUGCUGCGGCCGUAGCCCGUAGGGGUCGUGAUCGAGGAGCAGCCAUGGCGGCGGCGGCGGGCAAGCUGGCGGCCGCGCUCCACCGGAGGACGCACAGGGUCACGUCCGCGCUGGCGUACGCGGUCCUGGAGUGGGUCCUCAUCGCGCUGCUCCUGAUCAACGGGCUGCUCGCCUACGCCAUCGCCAGGUUCGCCGCCUACUUCGGGCUCACGCCACCGUGCCUCCUCUGCUCCAGCGUCGAUCGGCUCUUCCAGGAGGACGGUGGCGAGGCCGGCGGCGUGCGGUGGCUGCGGGGCGUCCUCUGCGGCGCGCACGCCGCGGAGAUCUCCGCGCUGGGGUAUUGCGUCCACCACCGGCGGCUCGUCGGGGCCAGUGGCAUGUGCGAGGGCUGCCUGUCGUCGUGGAAGGAGAUGACAAGCGAUGCAGGGGAGAAAAGCGCCACGGCGUGUUCUUGCUGCAACGGUGUUCUUCGAACUUCUUUGCGCGAGCUGGAGGACAAAAGGGAAGAACAUGCACAGGAGAAGAUAACAGAGGAAGAAGAAGACCAAGGCUACGUUCUGCUGGCUCAAGAAGACCAUGAAGAGGAAGAGGAGGAGCUGAACGAGAUAGAAAUGCAAGAGCAGCAAAGCGAGGUGGAAGGGCAAGAACAACAAGACGAGAAGGUGACCGCUGUUGAAGAUGAGUCCUUAGAAGUCAUGGUUCGGGUCGAAGAGAUCGCGCCCGAGGACGACCGGUUGGUGCCGGUGGUGGCGCUAGAUGAGAUGACGAUCGCCGAUGGUUCGGGUUUGCAUCGGGAUGUUGAAGAGGAGGAGGAUGACACGAAUCGUGUAGAUGAUGAGCAAGAUUCGAGGGAUGUCGACAUCGGAGUGGUUCUGGAGGAGAAGAGGAUUUUGGAUUCUUCGGUUGCAACGCCGGCCGAUGCGAUCGAGGACUCUGCUGUGCUCAUCAGCCCCAUCCCUCGUCCAGAGAUUGUAACAAACCCAUCUGAUCCUGAUCAGAACUCCAUUCCCCACGACGAUGAAGAUGUUCCUGACGAUACUGUUGAAAUAGGAGAUUCCACAACUGAAGAAGAACAUAUCUUGCCUCAAGUCACAGAAGCAGUUUCUGAAGAUGACAACAGAUCAGCAGAAGUGGACACGAACUGCGAGGUAUCAAUCGGAAGCGAUAUAUGCGAACGGGAGCAAGAUGAACACGUCGUCCCAUUUCAAGACUCAGCGCUUGAGGACCUGGUUGCUCCAUUGGCAGCUGCAGAUGAUCAGCCAUUGCCAUUGGAAAUCCUAGCCCAAACUGAGCAAGCAAGUGAAACCGAACAGGAGGAGGUGACCGACGCCACAAGAUUAAACCACCUACCAAAUGAACAGAACGAGGCCGAAGACGACAAGGCACCUGAGACACCGACGUACGGCGUCGCCACACAACGCUCGGACAGAAUGUUUUUGCUCGAGAGGAAACGGUCGCUGUCGUUAUCUUUGGACGGGAGCGUAGCAAGCGAGGUCGAGGGCGGCGAGCCUUCCACCGUGGAUCAGCUGAAAUCGGCGCUGCAGGCCGAGCGAAAGGCGCUCGGCGCGCUGUACGCCGAGCUGGAGGAAGAGCGGAACGCCGCUGCCAUCGCGACCAACCAGACGAUGGCGAUGAUCAACAGGCUGCAAGAGGAGAAGGCGGCGAUGCAGAUGGAGGCGCUGCAGUACCAACGGAUGAUGGAGGAGCAGUCGGAGUACGACCAGGAGGCGCUGCAGCUGCUGAACGAGCUGGUCACCAAGAGGGAGAGGGAGAAGCAGGAGCUGGAGAGGGAACUCGAGCUGUUCAGGCAGAAGGUGCAGCACUACGAGGACAAGGAGAGGAGGAGAACGGCAAGCUUCAAGGCCAAUGGGGUCAGCACCAGCUGCAGUGGCACUUCUGUGUCGUCCAGUGGUGAGGACAGCGACGAACACUCCGAUGACUACUGCGAGCUCGGCGAGUCUCCGCACGACGGCAACAUUCAGAGCUCGUCGGAUGCUGCUCUUAGCUCCAUGACGGGUCAGGAUGGCACGAGGCAUCUAGUGGCCUUGGAUGAUUCGUUGACGUACUUUGAGAUCGAGAGGCUCUCCAUCCUGGAGGAACUCAAGGCCCUGGAGGAGAGGCUCUUCACAUUGGAAGACGACGACAUCAACACCACCAGUGCAGCUGCUGGCCAUUCCUCCGAUGAUAUCGAUUUGUCGGCUGAUGGCCUUCAGUCACCUGAGUAUGGUCUCACCGAUGACAAAGCUAAGUAUCGAGGCAGGACCUCUAUCAGUAGGGGGAAGAGUCUUCUGCCUCUGUUUGAUGCAGUUGGUGAUGAGAACGGUGAUCAAAUGCCAUCUGCAAGGGUAGAAGAGGGAGAAGCCGUUGAUUCGACGACAAAGUCGGUUUCUGUGGUUGCCAAAGAGCAGGAGAGGCUGGCAAUAAUAGAGGAGGUCGAUCAUGUGUAUGAAAGAUUGCAAGCACUGGAGGCGGACAAGGAAUUCCUAAGGCACUGCAUCAAGUCCCUGAAGAAAGGAGAAAAGGGCAUGGACCUUCUUCAGGAGAUCUUGCAGCAUCUUCGCGAUCUCCGCAAUGUGGAACUUCACGUCAAGAAUGCUGGCGAUGCCCUUGCUGCAAAUUCAGCAUAGAAGAUGCUGCUGUAGAUGUGAUUACCCAAGCUUGAUAUUGAUUGAGUUGAUCGGACUUGAUGACUCGAUUGGAAUGAUUCAAGGUACUGCAUUGGUGAUGGUCCCUUUGCAAGAUACUGGCCGAAUUUAAGGGAGGUUCUGCUCAUUUUUGCCUGAGGGCCGCCUGGAAGCAAGCCUCCCUUUUGUGCUGGUCCAGCACUGCCUACUUUUAUGAUUUGUGGUGGUUGUAGGAAUCAUUAGGUCUUUCAAAGCUGCACAAAGCUGAAUCAUGGUGCCAGCUUCUGCGACUGUGAAAAACAAAAGAAAAAGGUUAGUCUGAGUGGAGAUGUGGAGGAUUUUUAUUUUAUUUGUGCCUUUUCCUUUUUUUUGUGGUUAACUUUCAGAUUUGUUUGUGCUGAGGUAGGGGGUGUUGAUGUAUUUGUUGUAUUUUUAUGAGGUUGUAGCUUGUAUGGUUGGUAAGUGCGGUUUGUUCGUUGUUUAUAGCCAGAUUUAUGAUGAAAGAAAGCCUCUUUAUGAUGAAA